AUGAUUUCUCAUAGCAACCUGAAAUUCCGGUCUUCCAACAACGACGUUGACGCACAGUUAAGUACGCACCAUCUUGAAGAACAAACGAAGGCGCGAAACGCUCUGCUGAAGAUUGUGACGACCGUCCAGUAUCUAGCGCAGCAAGGACUGGCAAUACGCGGCAAAGAGUCAAGCGACAGUAACUUCAUGAAGUUGUUAGAGCUGCGGAGCAACGAUGACGUCGUGUUACAGAGAUGGUUGACACGCACAACUUCAUACACAAGCGUUGCCGUGCAAAACGAACUGUUAAAAAUCAUGGCACACAUGGUGCUGCGAAAUAUUUGCAAGAACGUGGGCCUUUUUGCAGUCAUUGUCGACGGAACCCAAGACAUCCAAGGCGUUGAACAGGAGGCAAUAUGCGUGCGAUAUAUAGACGAUGCUUACGACGUUCACGAGGACUUUAUCGGUCUGUACAGCGUAUCUGAGACGACUGGUGCCAGCCUCAGCAAUAUGCUGCAAGACGCGUUGCUCAGACUCAACCUCCCAAUCACGCAUCUGAGUCGCAAACGUAUGACUAGCCUCAAUAUUAGGAGCGCAAACGUAUGA